AUGGGAGUGAGCAAUGGAUCCACUCUGCUGGCAGAAGAGGGAAAAAACAAAACUUGUGCAGACAAAUUGGUGCAGAUAACGUCGCUGUUCCAGUCCCAGUUGGCCGUGCAGAAGAACAAACUGAGCGAUGUGACGAGCAGACUGGAGAAGCAAAGCCAGUCGUAUCGCCUCCUGUUCUCCCAGUAUCCUGCCCUCAACCAGUACUGCUCAGUCAGCAACUCCACUACUGGGGAGCGACGCUGCAGCUCGUGUCCAGCCGGCUGGAUUCCCAAAGGAGAGAAAUGUUUCCUGUUCAGUCAGGACAGAGCCGACUGGAUCAGCAGCCAGUACCGCUGCAUGACACAGGGGGGGCGCUCUGGUCCGAGUCAGCACAGAGGAGGAGCAGGAGCUCAGCAGCAAAAGCAGGUGACGGGUUAUCUCCUGUUCUCGCUGGGCACGGCUGUCAUCGGCUCGCUGCAGUUUGGAUACAACACAGGAGUCAUCAAUGCUCCAGAGGGGGUCGGUGUUUGCUUUCAUCUCCUAAACAGUCAAAUGUAA